AGAAUGGCUUGCUUGUUCUGAUCCUCCGGCAUAUGAAUCAUUCUGCCCGGUUUUACGCCCGUUCUUUGCGCUUUGGUGCCGAGACUACUCCUGGGUCGCAGAUCGUCACUCCAGGCGCAUUGGUGUCCUGCUCUUACUCCGUAUGAGCUAUGCCCAUGGUCUCCUUCAUUCAAGGAACACCCUACUCUUUUCCUUUUCCCCGACUGAGCCCCAAGCCAGAAUUCGGGGGUUGAUGGGCGAAACGGGAUGGCUUUAAGUUCGAAAGGGAAGGCAGCGGCAUCUUGUCCUUUGGAAAUGCGCGCGACAAAAAAAAAGUCAAACACAAUCCAUGACUGUACCCGGCAUGGUUGUAGGGAUUCGUCUCAUGCGAAACGGAAACGAGAACCAAGACAAAAUGCCAUGCUUAUGGAAGAGGACCACAUUCAUGUGAAGAGUGCCGCGGGGCGGAACUUCCCACACUUACCAGAUGUUCGAGUAAGCCGUCGGAAACGUCCAACCCCCACAUUUGCCAGUGCGUGGGAUCAAAUGUUACCACGUGCGGCGCAAUCUUCCCGCUUCGUCAGGAUAUUCGCCAGCUGCAGCCCUGAUGGACCGCAGAUAAUGGAGAGUCGGAUAGGUAGACCAUGCUGUCGAUUAGCAGCCGAGCCUGGCAGCCUAAGUUUGUCGCUACCACCUACUGUGCUCCUCUGCGCCGGAACAAGCGCGAGAGUUGAUGCCGAAUUUUCUCCUGUGCGAUACGCAUCGCAUAUGAACCGAUCCAGGAGCGGUGUGGUCCUCUGAAGGUUCGGAAAUCUGACGUAUUGCUGGAGCUCCUGGUCCUCGGGCA